GUGUAACCCAACUCCAUCUUGAGGAAGAAGCCCCUUUGGCCCAAGAAGGCACCGCGGAGCCCCAGGCAGAGCCAAGUUUCAAAGGUGCUGGAGAGUGGUCAGAAAUUCCUUGAAUUGUUUGGAGACCGAAUUGAAGAUGUGGGCUCAUGCUUUUGGCUUCACAGCUUUGCCCCACUUGGGUGGAUUUCUUGGCUGGCUCAUAACCCGGAAGGAAGUACCCACAUGGUUUGAAAAUCUCAAGAAACCAUCAUGGCGUCCACCCAAUAGAAUGUUCCCAGUUGCUUGGACAACACUAUAUUCAAGCAUGGGGUAUGCUUCAUACUUGGUGUGGAAGGAUCUUGGUGGCUUUAACAGUAAUGCUGUAGUCCCACUAGGUCUCUAUGGAGCUCAGCUUGCCAUGAACUGGGCAUGGACUCCUAUAUUCUUUGGAGCUCAUAAACUCAAACUGGCCCUGUUUGACAUUGUGGGUUUGUAUGGCCUGGUGCUGGCCACUAUGUAUUCUUGGUAUCCGAUUAACAAGACCGCAACACUGUUGAUGGUGCCUUACCUGGCUUGGCUGACCUUGGCUACUUCUCUCACUUAUCGCAUCUGGAGAGACAAUCCAGAACAGGGAAAGAAGAAAGAAUAAGGAAGGAACUGGCAAUACUGCGUAUUUUGGCAACUCAGGCCUUUGCGACAUGGUACUAUGGAAGGAAAUUAAUAUACAUGUCCAAGAACACUGUCCAUUUUAGCAUGGAAAGAUAGACAAUAUGCAGUGGCACAUAUUUGUAAGGCUGCCAUACAGUUCAACUCCUGUCAUGACAACAUGAAUCUUAUCCAGGUCAGUAGGGCUUGCUUCCAGGUAUAGAAUUGCAACCUCAGUAACUUACUGAAUUCAUGUUGUCAGUUUACAGAUGUAUGGUGAUGUCUUUAAUGAAACUUGAAAUUAGCUUUGAUUUGAUAUAUUUAGAGGAGAGCAUCAGGAGAAAAAAAUAAUUAUUCUUGAGGUUCAUUGGGCUCAAAUUCUAUUUGUAUGUGAUUUUUUUUUACAUUUAAAUAAAUCAGAUGUACCAAAGAUAUGGGGUUUGUUUCACUUUUGGCCUUAGACUAUAUACAUUAUUAUCAGUUCCACUGUCAUUUUCCCCUUCCUCCUCCACUUCUUUUUCUUCCUCAUUUCUCAUACUGUCAAAGUUUAGGUUGUAAUCUCUUUCUGGACAGAAAUGUGUUUGUUUGUUUGUUUGAUUGAAAAGAUUACAUAAAUUGCAUCAUAAGACGUUAUAUAUUGACUAAAACAUUACGUAUACUUAAAAAUGUGAAGCAUUAAUGUAACAAAGUACAGGUUUGCCAAAUCCCUUGUUUAAAUGUGGAUUUGCCACAAAUGUGUGCAUAGGCUCAGACGUUUGAAAUGGAGGAGCAAUUAUUUUCAUCUAAUUUUUUGUUCUUUGUACAGGUCAUUUGCUACAUGAGUUGGUAAUUACAAAUGUAUCCAUAAUGCAGAGAAAGUUCACAAACAGAUAUUGUCUUUAAAUCAAACUAAUCCAGUUUCAGUGCUGGAGGUAAUUUUGCUUUACAAUAAUAAAUGUAAUACCUUGCUGUG